AACCUCUUUGUUGGAGACGUAUAUCUUAACGUAUUCGAAAGUCUUCGAAUACGCUCCCGCGACGGCAUGCAUUGCCUACUUAUAGUGCAUACAGGGGAACAGUGACAAAGAUCGGACACUAGCGCCCGUUUUGGCUCAGUCAGGGUCCGGUCGGGGGUUUCAUACAUUGGCAUGUCUUUCCGCACACUGCCGUUUUGCUUUAGUUCGAAAAAUAAUGCCAGGGGGUGAAACGAAGCGUCUAUUCUUGUCUCCUUACCACCAUGGUCCCUACAGCGUUCUUGGUCUUGCUAUAUCUUGCUGCCUACUCCUCGGGAUUGCGACUAAAGAUUGAAGGCCGACACAAUGUUCAAACUCGACAUGAGCUCCUGCGACGGGGAAACAUGGAUGGGACCUCUGCUUUGAACAAUAAUGCGGAUAUUAGCUAUUAUACGAACUUGACGCUUGGUGGGGAGGUCUUUACAGCACUUGUUGAUACUGGGAGUUCGGACUUGUGGGUUGCAGGUAGUAUUACGGAUAGUGUCGACACUGGGGCGACUUCUGGGGUCAGCUAUGCCGUUGGCGGAGUGAAAGGUCCCAUUAAAACUUCAACCCUUCAAUUCGCUGGGUACACCGUGCAGGAUCAAGCAUUCCUCCAAGUCACACCCGACAGUGAUAAUGCGAAAGGAACAGGACUGCUUGGCCUUGGACCUACGUCCGGGUCCAAUAUCUAUACUACAUUGAAUACCUCAGCUGGAUACGCGGUGCUGGACCGUAUUUUUCUACAAAAUACCUCAACCCCAAACUAUUUGACGGUACUUCUGGGACGCACCCAAGAUCCAACCGAUGUCUUUCCCGGUGAUAUAUCGAUCGGAGAACUUAUACCCGGCUAUAGUAGUGUCGAGAAUGAACCAAAACUAGACGUUACCAUAGUCCCCGUUCGAGCAUCCAGCGAUCAACAUUUCCAGAUCUUGUUAGACCAGAACGGCUUACUAGGGUCAGAUGGGCAGCCAGCAUCCAUCACGACCGAGGUGCAGCAGACGUCAAAUUCAAAGCAGGCUACUGCUGUUGUAGACACCGGUUUUUCAUUGAGUCAGGUACCCAAGUCCGUUGCGGAUGCGAUAUACAGUCGCUUCUCUGGCGCAGAAUACCAUAAUAUAACAGGCAUUGGCGAAGCAUGGCUUGUACCCUGCGAUCAAGAAGUAAACAUUACAUUUAAAUUUAGUAGUAUUAGCUACCCUAUACAUCCCCUGGAUGCUACCAUGGAUCCAUCUCUAUUGGGAUUGACUGGCGUUGUGAAUUCAGAAGGUCAAUCUUCGUGCAUAGGUUCGUUUCAACCUAUCAGCUUUUCAACGCCAGGCGCCCAAACGUACGAUAUGAUUCUCGGAAUGUCGUUCCUUCGCAAUGUUUAUGCCGUCUUCAACUAUGGAGACUUUAUAGCUGAAGGAAAUGACACCAGCAAUCGCGGAGAUCCCUACGUUCAAUUCCUUUCCACGACCGACCCUACUGAAGCACAUUCCGAUUUCGUCACUGUCCGCUUGAACGGUAACGAUACUACCGGCGGCCAGACCCUCAAUGGUCCAACUUCCAGUGGCAGCGGUGGUCUUCCCAGGGCCGUAUAUUUUGGUAUCGCCGCCGGUGUUCUCGGUCUUGGUCUCCUCCUUAUGGUGUGCGCUUUCUUUAUGAAUCGACGGAAAAAGCGGGGCAGCACAUCUUAUCGUCCAAUAUCGUCGCCAUCGCCUCCCGUGGAUAUGCAGCUUCAUGCGAACCCUCCACGAUACAGUCUACCGCCACAGUACGACUAUGCUUCGUCAGAACCGUAUCACGAUCGACCGCAGAUGCCUGCUCAGGCCCAGUUGUACGAUCCACAACAUAGCCAACAUAUGCCGUCCGUGCAGUACGGGGGAUCUUAUCAAAAUCCAUGGGACGGCGCUCGGUGACAUUAAUGAGGGCGCUUUCCUGCUAUGAGGCUUAGUGAUAUCUGUUAAUGCUUCCAUCCUUAUUUGGAUAUACGCACUGUUUACUUAUUUUACAUGUAUUCAUGGGACUGCGCAUUUAGUAGAGUUGGAUUUGUACAGUGAGUGAAAUGUGGAACCCUUGGUGUAUAUGAGUAUAAGUAGAUUGCUGAAAAAAAAAAAUAUAGUAACGAAGCUUGAAA